AUGAGCACCGAAGACGGCGAACGCAGUGGACGCCCAAAAGAGGCUGUCACCGAGGAAAACAUUAAAAAAGUUCACAAAAUAAUUUUGAAUGACCGUAAAGUGAAGUUGAUCGAGAUAGAAGACAUUGUGAAGAUAUCAUCUGAACGUGUACAUCAUAUCAUUCACGAAUAUUCGUACAUGAGAAAGCUGUGUGCAAAAUGGGUGCAGCUCGAGCUUACAAUCGAUCAAAAGCAACAAUGUGUUAAUGAUUCUGAUCAGUGUUUGAAGCUGUUCAAGCGCAAUAAACCUGAAUUUUUGCGCCGAUAUGUGACAAUGGAUGAAACAUGGUUCCAUCAUUUCACUCUGGAUUCCAAUCGACAGUCAGCUGAGUGGACUGCAUACGAUGACCCGAAUCCAAAGAGAGGCAAAGCACAACAGUCAGCUGGCAAGGUUAUGGCAUCAGUAUUCUGGGAUGCGCAAGGUAUAAUAUUCAUUGAUUACCUCCAAAAGGGCCAGAGCAUCAACAGCGAUUUUUAUAUAGCGUUAUUGGAUCGUUUAAAGGAUGAAAUCGUUAAAAAACGGCUCCAUUUGAAGAAGAAAAAAGUGCUGUUUCAUCAAGACAAUGCACCGUGUCACAAAUCAAUGAAAUCAAUGUCAAAAUUGCAUUAA